AUGUUUUCGUUUUGUUUUUCUGCUCAGGCCCUACAGGAGCAGCUGACGUCCACCGUGCAGGAAAUUGGUCACCUAAUUGACCCAAUUUCCACUGCAGCCAGGGGGGAAGCUUCCCAACUAGGACACAAGGUGACACAACUGGCUGGUUACUUUGAGCCUCUGAUCAAGGCCUCUGUUGGUGUGGCCUCCAAGCUCAAAGACCACCAGCAGCAGAUGACUUUUCUUGAUCAAACCAAGACUCUGGCUGAGUCUGCUCUGCAGAUGCUCUACGCUGCCAAGGAGGGCGGAGGAAACCCAAAGGCGUCCCAUACCCACGAUGCCAUAGCAGAGGCUGCUCAGCUCAUGAAGGAGGCAGUCGAUGACAUCAUGGUGACGUUAAAUGAAGCUGCCAGUGAGGUGGGAAUGGUGGGAGGAAUGGUAGAGUCCAUCGCCGAAGCCAUGGCCAAGCUGGAUGAGGGCACACCACCUGAGCCUGAGGGGUCCUUUGUGGAUUACCAGACCAAUAUGGUGAAACACUCGAAGGCUAUUGCUGUCACUGCUCAGGAAAUGAUGACCAAAUCAGUGACGAGUCCAGAUGAGCUGGGAGCACUGGCCUCUCAAGUGACCGUGGACUACAGUCAGCUGACGGUCCAGGGACGUCUGGCUGCUUACACAGCCGAACCAGAAGAGAUUGGUUUCCAGAUCAAGACCCGAGUGCAGGAGCUCGGCCACGGCUGCAUCUUCCUGGUCCAAAAGGCUGGAGCUCUGCAGAUCACCCCGUCUGACAGCUUCACCAAGCGGGAGCUCAUUGAUUGUGCCCGCGCAGUCACAGAGAAGGUGUCCUUGGUGCUGUCGGCCCUCCAGGCAGGCAAUAAAGGCACUCAGGCCUGCAUCACUGCUGCCAGCGCAGUGUCGGGUAUCAUCGCAGAUCUGGACACCACCAUCAUGUUUGCCUCCGCUGGCACGCUCAAUACAGAGAAUGAUGAGUCCUUCGCUGACCACAGGGAAAACAUUCUGAAGACUGCGAAGGCUCUGGUCGAGGACACCAAAAUGUUGGUCUCCGGUGCAGCUUCGGGUCAGGACAAGUUAGCUCAGGCUGCCCAGUCUUCUGCCAAAACCAUCACGCAGCUUACUGAUGUUGUCAAACUGGGAGCUGCCAGCAUUGGCUCGGAUGAUCCUGAGACACAGGUGGUUCUGAUAAAUGCUGUCAAAGACGUGGCCAAGGCACUGGCUGAGCUCAUCAGUGCCACCAAGUGUGCUGCUGGCAAGGCAGCAGAUGAUCCAUCUAUGUACCAGCUGAAGAGCGCUGCCAAGGUGAUGGUGACGAAUGUGACGUCACUGCUGAAGACAGUCAAGGCUGUGGAAGACGAGGCCACUCGAGGCACCAGAGCGCUGGAGGCCACGAUCGAGUGCAUUAAACAGGAAAUGAUGCUGUUUCAAUCCAGGGAUGCUCCAAACAAAACCACCACACCUGAAGAGUUUAUACGGAUGACUAAGGGCAUCACCUUAGCCACCGCAAAAGCAGUGGCUGCAGGAAACUCUGCUCGGCAAGAAGACAUCAUCCAUACUGCCAACCUGAGCCGCAAAGCCAUCUCUGACAUGCUGACCACCUGCAAGCAAGCGGCCUACCAUCCAGAAGUCAGUGAGGAGGUGAAGAACAGAGCGCUGAUGUAUGGAGCUGAGUGCACAACUGGAUAUAUUGACAUGCUGGAAAAAGUGCUGCUAGUCCUGCAGAAGCCCACUGCAGAGCAGAAACAGCUGCUGGCAGCUUGCUCCAAGCGUGUGGCGGGGGCCGUCACCGAGCUCAUCCAGACUGCUGAGGCCAUGAAAGGUUCAGAGUGGGUGGACCCCGAGGAUCCAACGGUGAUUGCAGAGACGGAGCUGCUCGGGGCAGCGGCGUCUAUUGAAGCAGCAGCCAAGAAGCUGGAGCAGCUAAAGCCCAGAGCCAAGCCGAAGCAAGCAGACGAGACACUGAACUUCGAGGAGCAGAUUCUGGAGGCUGCCAAGUCUAUCGCUGCCGCCACCAGCGCUUUAGUUAAGUCGGCUUCGGCCGCUCAGAGAGAGCUGGUGGCUCAGGGGAAAGUGGGCUCCAUCCCUGCCAAUGCAGUGGAUGAUGGACAGUGGUCUCAGGGGCUCAUCUCUGCUGCGCGUAUGGUAGCAGCUGCGACCAGCAACCUGUGCGAAGCAGCUAACGCCUCUGUUCAAGGCCAUGCCAGCGAAGAGAAGCUCAUCUCCUCAGCCAAACAGGUGGCGGCCUCCACCGCUCAGCUGCUGGUGGCUUGUAAGGUGAAGGCGGACCAGGACUCUGGGGCUAUGAGGAGGCUGCAGAUUGCUGGGAACGCAGUAAAGAAGGCAUCAGAUAAUUUGGUGCGGGCAGCCCAGAAGGCAGCUUUCGACAAAGCCGAUGAAGACAACGUGGUUGUGAAGACAAAGUUUGUGGGUGGAAUAGCACAGAUUAUUGCAGCGCAGGAAGAGAUGCUGAGGAAGGAGAGGGAGCUGGAAGAAGCCAGGAAGAAGCUGGCUCAGAUCAGACAGCAGCAGUACAAGUUCCUGCCCAAUGAACUGCGAGAGGACAGCAACUAAUCACUGCUGCUUCCACUUAACACUAAUGUGAAGAGCGCACCUGCGCUAACGUGCAAAUGUGUGUCCUAACGGCGCUCCUGCACAGGUAUUUUAUCUACAGAGACGUCUGUGUAAAACCUGCAGUGAAUGCUGCCGACUUCUUUAUAUGGACAGAUCUUUUCAGCUUCUAGCGAGUUCAAAAUACUACUGUGUGAAACUGACUACUUCCUGGAAAAUAGCAUCAAGAUUGUGGUGACCUGACUGAAUUUACUCUUGUCCUUAUGUAUAGGAUAUAAGGCAGAAUGUGACAGACGUAGGACAAAGCACAGCUCACAUACGCUCUGGUUUGCUCAUAAGCUACUCUUUUAAGUUUGCAGCU